AUGGGACGCUACGACGUUCCCCGGGGUGAGUUGCCACGGCGACGCGUGCACGAGGAGGCAAUGCGCGCUAAGAGUGUGAAAGAAAGACGGACUGAGAUCAGAGCGAGCAUGUCCACUCUCAGUGACUCUGGGUUUGAAGAGGACCUCCUCAGCCCUUCUCCAUGUCUCCAGCACCUGACACGACCAUGGGCAGGAAGCUCAAGCCACAGACUGACAGCUGACUGCCUUCACAGCGACUACGACCAGAGCUGCUUCCUAAUUCAGAAGAACAACGAGGAGGACUUUCUUGCUCUGGAGUGCCUGGCUCGUCAGCCUCAGAUAACAGCCGAGGCACGCUGUAAGCUGGUGAGCUGGCUCCUAGCCGUUUAUAAGCACUUCAGGCUGUCGUUUGAGUCCUGCUGCUUGGCCGUGAACAUCAUGGACCGCUUUUUGGCCACGACGUCAGUGGCAGCAGACUGCUUCCAGUUACUCGGCGUGACGUCUUUACUGAUCGCAACCAAACACGUUGAAGUUUGCUCGCCGCGCAUUAAGCAGCUGCUUUCACUCUGCUGCGACGCUUUCUCCAGAGAGCAGCUCUGCAACCUCGAGUGCCUCGUUCUCCUCAGACUGAACUUCCGCUUGGCUGCGCCGACUCUCGCUUUCUUCCUCGACUACUUCAUCAGUCUCGAGUUAUCCAGAUAUGCGAUUGGAACGGAGGAAAAAAUCCCAGACGAAGGCGGCAGCUGCAGGAGCUGGAAAGCCACUGAAGAGCAGCUCCUCGAUGUGAAGAGGUAUAAAUGUUUAGCCGGCAAAGUGUGUGAGCUUAGUCUGGCAGACUACGCUUUCAACAAGUACCGGCCAUCUGUGAUCGUACAGAGUGCUCUGAAUCUGGCGAAGGACCUGUUAAGGACGCGAUUAAAGGAGGCCCCAGUCAAGCACAUGUUAGACUUUCUCUGUGUUGUAGAUUACGACUCUGAGGGUUUGGACAAUCAUACUUUAAUCCAGCAGUGCACACAAGAGCUUAAAUUAUUGGUGUCUCUCAAUCAAGAGUCAAUUCAGGACUUAAUAACACUCUGAACCGGUGCAAAUAAUCUGCGCUGUCAUCUUCAGGACAUUUUUUGUUUACUUAAAAAAUUUUUUUUUUUUAUUAACUAUGAAGGAUAAGGCCUGUCCUAAUUCUGACGUUUUGGUUCAUGAUUAAUUUCCAUACGAAAAUGCAAAUAACUGUAUUUUCUGUUGAUGCGUGUUGAUUUAUGACAUUCUUCUGUUAUAUAAUUAUGCACAUACACCUUUUGUAGACAUUGUAGACAAAUAAUAACUUAAUUAUACGGCCUCCUCCGAAAGUGUUAGAGCAGCGAGGCCUGUUCUGUUGUUUUCGCUAUACGUUGAAGUUUGAGAUCAAAAGAUGAAUGUGAGACGGCAGAUCAGAAUUUCAGCUUUCAUUUCCUCAUGUUUACAUCGAAACAACUUGGAACGUGGGACCAUUUGUUUGAACCCACCCAUUUUUUCCCCAAGCGAUCACAAAUACUGGAACACGCGACUGAAAGGUGUUUCUUGUUGCCCAGGUGUGCCCUAUUCAAUUGAUUGUUUAAAGAAUUAAUAGCUCUGAAUGUCUACUCUUGGUUUGAGCCCUAGGUUUCACCUGUGAAGACUGCGUUUGUUGUUAAAAAGGAUAGACCAACAUGUAGAUCAGAGAGCUGCCUAUCGGAGAAAAGCAAGUCAUUUUAAUGCAGAGAAAAGAGGGUGGAAUCUAUCAGAGCCAUUGCACAACUAUUGGGCAUAGACAGUACAACAAUCUGGAAUGUCCUGGAAAAAGAAAGAAACCACUGGUGACCAAAACAUUGUGAAAUCUGUGAAGAAAAAACCCUAACCCUAAAACAACAGUCAGUGAAUAUCAACAACAGCCUCCACAGGGCAGGGGUGAAGGUAUCACAAUCCACCGCUUGAAGAAGACUUCGAGAGCAGAAAUCUAGAGGCCAUACCACAAGAUACAAACCACUCAUCAGCAGUAAGAAUUGGAAAGGAAGAUUGGAAUUCACAAAGAAAUACCGAGAUGAGCCAGAGAAAUUUUGGAACCAAGAUGAACCUCUGUGUGCAGAAAGUGUGGAGAGAGGAAGGAUCUGCUCAUGAUCCAAAACAAAGAAGCUUAUCAGUCAAGCAUGGUGGAGGUAGCGUCAUGGCUUGGGCUUGCAUGGCUGCUUCUGGAACAGCCUCGCUAAUCUUUAUUGAUGAUGGAACUCAUGAUUUAGCAGGAGAAUUAAUUCAGAAGUUUACAGGAAUAUUCUGUCUGAUAUUUUACAGAGAAAUGCAUCCAGUCUAAUUGGAAGGAACUUCAUCAUGCAGCAAGACAACGAUCCAAAACACACUGCUGACUCAACAAAGGACUUCAUCAGGGGGGGAAAAGUGGAAGGUUUUAGACUGGCCAAGUCAAUCACCAGACCUUAACCAAAUUGAGCAGCAUUUCACCUCCUGAAGAUGAAACUGAAGGGAGAACCACCCCCCCCGAAACAAACAACAACUGAAAGAAUCAGCAGUACAAGCCUGGAAAAGCAUCAGAAUGCAACAUUUUGGUGAUGGAAGUGUGUCACUGGUUUGAUGCGGUUAUUGCAAGCAAGGCAUAUGCAACCGAAUAAUGAAGUUUUAUUGACUUUAAUUUACUUCAAGACUUAUCUGUUCCUAUACUUUUGCUCACCU